GAAGGGGGGGAAACACCACCCCACCACCCGACUGCAAACCAAAACAAGGGAGGGGGGUGGUGGAAAAUGUCUUCUGCCUCUCCCAUCACCACGAUCCCCGGCGUGGCGGCGUCGAUCAAGCAGGAAAGCGUGUUGGACAUGCUCUCCAGCGGCGGGGCGGCAGAGAAGUUAGCCCAGGAAGGUUCGGCUCCAGCUCCUGCACCGCCUUUUGCAAGGAAGGAGGAGGAAGAAGAAGACGAGGACGAGGAGGAAGCAGCCGCCGUCGCCAGCGCUGCGGAUCAGGUCCUGCUCCACGCGGAGCUCCUGGUCCGCCACCACCACCACCACGCUGCUCUUGCCGCCGCCUCGCCCCCUUCUUCGCCUUCCUCCUCGCCCCAAGCGGCUCUGCUGGCUUUCUCGCCGGAGCACGUCGCGUGCGUCUGCGAGGCUUUGCAGCAAGGCGGGAACCUGGACCGCCUGGCCCGGUUCUUGUGGUCCCUGCCCCAGAGCGACCUGCUACGUGGCAACGAGAGCCUGCUGAAAGCCCGGGCGCUGGUGGCCUUCCACCAGGGGCUCUACGCGGAGCUCUACGCCAUCCUGGAGAGCCACAGCUUCGACGCCUCCAACCACCCGCUGCUGCAGGAGCUUUGGUACAAGGCGCGCUACAGCGAGGCGGAGCGGGCCCGCGGCCGGCCCCUGGGCGCCGUCGACAAGUACCGCCUGCGCAGGAAGUUUCCCUUGCCUCGCACCAUCUGGGACGGCGAGGAGACCGUCUACUGCUUCAAGGAGAAGUCGCGCAACGCCCUCAAGGAGCUCUACAAGCAGAACCGCUACCCUUCCCCCGCCGAGAAGCGCAACCUGGCCAAGAUCACCGGCCUCUCCCUCACACAGGUCAGCAACUGGUUCAAGAACCGGCGGCAGCGGGAUCGCAACCCUUCCGAGCCGCAGUCCAAGAGCGAGUCAGAUGGUAACCCCAGCACGGAAGAUGAAUCCAGUAAGGGACAAGAGGACUUGUCUCCACACCCGCUUGCCAGCACCUCCGACGGGAGCAGCAGCUUAAGCCUUCCUAGCCACAUGGAUCCAGUCUACAUGCAGCAGCUUGGAAACUCCAAAAUAUCUUUGAGCCCUUCGGGAGUUUUGUUGAAUGGGAACUUAGUGCCUGCCAGUCCGUCUCCUGUUUUCCUUAAUGGUACCUCUUUCAUCCAGGGCCCCAACGGCGUCCUCCUCAAUGGGCUCAGUGUGGGGGCUUCUCAGGCGGUAUCAUUGAAUCCGCCCAAAACGUCUCCAAGUGCUUUGAGCAAUGGUGUGUCCAUGAGCGACAUGCUGGCCUCUUCUUCAGAAGACGUGAAAGACUUCAAAAUGCUCCAGACUUCCAUGUCCAACUCUCUGGCACCAUCAACGAUGACAGUGACAACGUACAGCCCUAGUUCUGUAUCUACGUCGUUCCCGGGUCUCAUACCAAGCAUGGAAGUGAAAAGGGAAGAAAACGAAGAAGCCAUCGCCCCGCAGGAUGGCGGCUCUGUCGUUACUUUUACAGGUCCCGUCCAAAUCAACCAAUAUGGCGUUGUCCAGAUCCCUAAUUCAGCAACAAACGGCCAGUUACUUAAUGGAGGCAUCAGCUUUUCCCCGGUGCAACUCCCUCCUGUAUCGGCAACAACUUCCCAAGGUAGUAUGUCAAUAAAUCAAAGCACCUCGAGGAGUGACACGUUUACAAGUGACUCUACAACAGUACAACAAGGAAAAGUGUUUUUCAGCAAUCUUGCUCCCAGCGCAGUGGUGUACACGGUCCCAAAUUCAAGCCAGGCGAUCGGACCAGUUAAGCAAGAAGGACUGGAAACCAGCCUGGUGUUUUCUCAAGUAAUGUCGCUUGGUCAAAACCCCCAACUUCAUGCAAGCCUGCCUUCAGACAACCUUUGCAGUGGGGGCCUCCAGGCAGGAGCUUCCUCCUUAGUCAAUGUGACUCUGUCGCAUAACUUUUCCCUGGCACCACCCACUCUUUUAAAUGCAGAAGAACUCAGCUCGGCUGUGUCAGAGAGCCCGCCCAUGUCGGCCCCUGCAACAAGUGGGGCUACCGUGGUUUCCAUCACCAACUCGAACUAUGCAACGCUUCAGAACUGCUCCCUCCUCACCGGCCAUGACCUGAUGUCCAUUUCUGCAACGCAGCCGGCGCUUGGGGGUAUUGGUCCAGUCACUAGCAACCACGUCGGGCCUCACCCGUCGACCCAAGUUCAUCCCCAUUUCACCCGAGAGCAGCGGUUAAUCCUGCAGUCGGUCCCCAGCAUAAAGGAAAACUUCUUAUCCGAUACUGAGAGCAAAUCAGGAGGCAGUUUGAUGAUGCUGGAUUCGAAAACCAAAUAUGUCAUGAGCAAUAUGGUUGACGCGAUCUGCGAGGAGCUGGAGACGGACAAAAAACAGCUGGCCAAACUCCAAACGGUACAGAUGGAUGAAGAUAUGCAAGACUUGUAAAUUAAUAAUAAUAAUUUUUGAUCCUUAUUUCCGUAGGAAAGUCUCUUCUUCAUGAGACCCUAGAAGCACAGAGUGUUUUUUUAAUCUAGUCCAAAUAUGCAUACAGAAUAACCCCUCCCCCAAAACAGCACAUUUGAAGGGUCCGCUUUAAAGAAGUGGAAAUCUCCAUUAGGAAGACGAGAUUGCCACGUGUUCUUUGCAUGAACCUUUGUUAAAAUUGGUUUAAAGAAACUGUCAUUGGGGGUGGGGGGGAAAUACCAGUCAGAUACAGGAUGGCUUGGCUUGCUAAUAUUAUCCAAAUAGUUUUAUUAGACAUGCAACACGUAUUUUCAGAAAAUAUAUCCUCCAAAUAUUAGAUAGGAACAAGAAUUAUCUUUUUAAAAAGACUGGGGGUUGCGAGACAGUUAUCUCUUUUUGCUCUGGAUACUUCUGGGCAUUGACAAGGUGGUGUUUAGUUUUCAAUGGAUAUUCUAGAUGAUACCUCAUGAGCUGCUGUUACCUUCUUGAUUGAGGUUAAGAAAGCAAGCGCAGUGGCAAAGAACUUUUUUUGUGUGAUUUUCUUGUUUGCUUUUCCAGCAGAAUCCUUUUCACAGCUAAAAGUUCUGCGCACUCAGCCUUUGCCAUUUUUCGACUGUUACAAUUUUUUCCCCUUCCCUAUCUCUAAGGCAAAGUUAGCCAAUGUGGUGUCCUCCAGAUGUUGCCGAACUAUAGUUCCCAUCAUCUCUGAUCAAUGGCUGUGCUGGCUAGUGGGAGUUGGAGUCCAAAAAAAAACCACUUGGAGGGCACCAUGUUGGCUACUCCUGCUCUAAUGUUUCUGAAUCACUGCAGUGAGAGGAAAAGACUGUUAUGCAACUUGAAAUUAUGCAACCUGGAAUCCUUUGCUCUACUAUGUAUGUAAAUAUUGUUUUAAUUGCUCCAAAGAGGACUGUUUUUAUUGGUAAUGAUGGAUUGUAUUUAUAGUCACUGGUGCCCCUGUAUCAUUUUUCAAUAUGUUAAACAUCCAGUUUUUCCAACUGCUUAAUUUAUUUUAUUUGUAUUUUUUUCUCUCGUAUUUUUGAACAGGAAGUUAUUUUUGACAGUUUUAAAACUUCCCCCCCCCCCUCUAGCUAGGACUUCAUCAAUGGAUUUUUUCCCCUCUUUUGACCAAUUUAGACAAAAAGGUUAAUGUUUCUGAUGCUAGAAUAUGAACAAAUGCAGCUUGGAGACUUUGGGACAUAUUUCCCAAUGCUCCUCCACCCUGUGGAUUUGUGCUUUCUGUUUUGUUUUAUAAGUAAUUUUACAAGGUUUGCGUAUUUUUCUAAAAACAAACAAAAAAUCCCAUGUGCCUUUUUUCCUAGUGGCCUUGUAACUUUGUAAUUGACAAGCACAGCUAACAUACAAAAUGAAAACUCUGCCCUGCAGCAACCUAACCUGAUUCUAUGGGUAUGCUUUAAGUUGGAUUCCUGCAGGAAGCUGGACUCAAUGGCCUUAUAGGCCUCUUCCAACUCUACUAUUCUAUGAUUCCUGCUUGUCUUAUCUAAGCAGCACCAUUGGAAUCAGCGUUGUGGCUCUGAUAAAUAAGGACAAUAUAUUGGUCACAGGGUAAAAUUGCCUCAUUGGUGCAAAAUAGGAGGAAUUAAACCCUUUAAAACAGGAUACUCUUUGCCAGCCUGGUGCUCUCCAGCUGUUUUGGCCUAAAGUGUCCAUCAGCACAUCUGGCUGGAGAGCAGCAGUUGGCAAAGGAUCCGUUGACAGACAGCUAUGGGUUGUAUUCAACAUAGUGCUAAACAGACUGUUCUGUCAGCAUAAGGAUUUCUUCUGGUGCAACAGAACGUCCUCCCCUGUGCGCCCCCUAACUCUGUUCUGGGAAUUCCCCCAACUCCCCAGAGCAGAUCUGGGGACAGUGCAGGGCACACACGGGAAGGAGGGAAUCAUGUUACACUAGUACUAACCACUGUGCUAGCACAACGUUUAAGUUAAAUAGUUAAAUACCACCCCAUGCAUAUAAAAAUGCAAUGUAUUGCCUCCCUCCCCAUUCAUCUUACAUGUUGGAAUUGCAAUGGUUUGACAAAGAGGAACUGUGCUCAUCCGGAUAAACACUUUUGGAUCUAACAGUUGAUAUGUGUGUCUCUCCCAAGUUUUAAUUCAGAAACAUUUCAUAGAGGUCUGAGAAAGAAUGACUCCACUAGAUUAACUUAAUAGGUUAUCUCUUACUUGUCCCGUAAUAUCUUCACUCUAAGUUUGAUCUAGAAUAGCAGUCCCUUCAUAUUACUCAAAAAUAGAAUUGUGCGGCAGCAUUUUCUGCAGUAGGCUUGGAAUUUCAGUCUGGUCAAAUAUUUAAUCUCUUUGUAGAUGGUUUGGAUUUCACCCUUUUGUCCACGUUUAACAAAGUCAACAGCAAGCCUGUCUGUAAGGUUUAAUAACACUGAAGAUGACGGCAAAGGAUUGUUUGCUUACUUUAUUUUUAAAACUUGAAGAGCAUUUUCACAUGCAAUGUUUAAAUAUUUCAGCUUUCCCUUCCACCAUCCAUCCUCCGUUAACUGCAAGGCACAUGGCAUAAAUCGCAUGAGAGAUGCUCAGAGAUUCUUGUUGUGUGUAUUAUAGGAGAAGAAUCUUAACUAUAUAUUUUUUUUCUCUUGCAAAGCUAGGCAGUGACAGCAAAGGGGCUCUUGUUGUUUUGUAUUGUUGUUUUUUAACCUUGAGGUCUGGAGCAGGUCUGAAGCAAACCUCUAUACGGCCUUCAUUUGCAACAGACUAACAGCAUGACUCAAUAUAUCAGUGGUAGCAAAAAGACUUUCUAGUGUUGGUUUGGCCACAUUCACACCAUACAGUUAUUCCACUUUAAACAGCCAUGGCUUUCCCCAAAGAAUCCUGGGAAGUGUAAUUUGAAAAGGGUGCUGAGAGUUGUUAGGAGACCCCUGUUCCCCUCACAGAUCUGCAGUUCCCAGAGUUCCUUGCAAGAAGAGGGACUGGUUGUUAAACCACUCUAAGAAUUGUAGCUCUUUGAGGAGAAAUUAUGUCUCCUAACAACUCCCAGCAUCCUUUUCAAAUUAUACUUCCCAGGAUUCUUUGGAGAAGCCAUGACUGUUUAAAGUGGAAUAAGUUUAUGGUGUGAAUGUGGCCUUUGUUUACUUGGCAAAUGGUAAUGCAAAGCAACGAAACGCAGUUAGAAAAGCUUUUGUGAAACUAUAAUUGCUAUCGGGGAUAUUGGGGAAAUAUCCUCAUGGCAGCUGGUGCCAGUGCACAUUUCCCUCCCUUUAUCUUUGCCUUUCGGGGGGGGGGAGAUAUUUGGGCUUGCUGAAUGGGGGAAGUGGAAGCUGGUCCAUGUUACACUCACCAUAUGUGUCAUGUGAACCAGCUCACAAUCGCAUCCAUUUUGUCCCUCUCCUCAAAUGUUGAAUUCUAAAGGAUAAUUGUUCCAUUUCUAAUAUCUCUUAUUUUGUGUGUGCUUCCUUGGGCAACCUGGUUUUUGAGCAUGUCGGUCAUUCUUGGUAGUCCCCCUAGCCAUGUCUCUUGCCUUGCCUCAGUUUUCUUGUUCUUACGGUUUUGUUUUUAUAUAAUGAAUCCUUCUGGGGAAAUGUGCAGAUCCCCUUCUGUUAAACAAACAAACAAAAAAAGCCAACUCCCUGGGUUUAUCCUUUCAAAUUGGGGAGAAUCAUGGUUCCAAAGCUUAUUCUGAGGCUAGCAUUUUGUUAUGCAAAGGCUGUCCUGGGAGAAGGAGGAGCUUUUAGGCAAACAAUAUUGGAUGACAUGCUAAAGGAAAUGGAUCUUCUAAUGGAAUGGCUCUGUGGUUCUGCCAGCAUAAGUUGCCGGUAACUCUCGAUUUGGCUCUGUUGUGAAGUUUUUUUACCAACACACUUAACUGCAGCUCUGUGCACCAUAGUUAUUGCAGAAAACAAGAAUGUAAAGUACAGACAAAACUACAUGCUUGUACAUCCAUCCUAAAAACACCUCUGUACGUACAUCUGGGAGCAUGCACCAAUAAUGGCUAGGUACAUGUGCCUAGCAAUAGGUGCAGGGCUUUCCACAUCAUUUAUAAUGUGUGGCGCUGCCCUUAUCUUGACAACUUGUGGUGCUGUGCAUUGGUGCAACAUCUUUACUUAUUUCAGAGAAUUGCCUCUUUUUUUUCUUGUUUACUACAUAGGUUGGAGGGUGAAGAUGUACAUCAUGCUGACAAUAAUAGCUCUUCAGUCUUCAAGAAAGUAAAUAAUGGUGUGCUGUGCGCUGAUGCUUUAAGCUUGUGCCGCUUAGAUGGAAUAAAUAUCUCCCUCUACCUAUACAGGACAGAGUGGUCAUUUGAACAGAAGUAGCAACUAGGGGUGUUCCCCUUAGUUUGGAGAUCUCUCAACCAAAGCCUGUAGAGUGCAUAUUUUCUGGAAAGUUUUAGUGCACCUAGAACCAAUCUACACAUGAAGGAGAACUGUGUUGUGCUGUUUUUUACCUGGGCUGUACCACUGCAAGGCUUGCUGAGGGUGGAGUCUUAUGCUUAUAAGUCCAUGGUGGGGGGAGGAAUGCAAUUUUCCUCCAUAUAGGAAAGCUUAGCAUUUCAGGGAGAAAUGUUCUGUUGCUAGUUUCCUACAUGUCGAGAGAUUCCCUCCUCCCAUAAUAGGGAGUAGUUUUCAAAGCAUAGAAUGGUAUCGUCCAAGAAAAGUUACAUCACAUGAUUCCGCUGCAUAUAUAGUCCCAGCCGUCAGCUCUAUUUUAAGAGGCUUUUGAGAGUCAUUGGCUAGAGCUCCUUAAAUGACUGAACCAGUAGGUUGAGGCUGCAGGGGGGGAGGAUGCUGAACAAAUAGAGCACUUUCCCCUUUAUAUGUAGGAGAAUAGCCUUACAACAGUGGGGUGGACUGAAUGUGCAACCUGAAUGUUGCUGGAGAUCUCCAUUCACUGGUAGUUCUAAAAAAAAAACCUAGACAGGGACAUGUUUUGCAAAUGGCUCCAUUGGUAACUUUCGAUAAUGGUAAUGAAUUAGUCCAUUGCUAGCAGUCUGUUAGAAAAAUUCACAUUAUACUUUUAAAAAAUUCUCCCUUAAAACUAAGCAGUUGAGGAAACCUCUUUGCUCCUCCCCAUGUGACCUAAAUAAUUGUAAUCUUGUGGUUUCUAUAAGCAGAUAGGAACAGUGCCAAAUCAUUGCACAGUUGGGUGGCGUGUUUGGUUUUUAAACUAGUAUAUUUUAAAAGAGAUUUUCAUCCAUGUCUCCAGACAACAUAGGAAACUGCUUUUUAGUUAGGAAAUGUGUAUACAUGUACUUCAGAAAGCGUGUCCAUUUUAUUUUAAUGCCCCUGCUACAAUUGUUCACAGCAGCCUUAAAACCAGAUCCUCAUUUUUCGUAAAUCAAUACAGCUCCCUCAGUCUCGUCAUAACCAUUGGGCAACCCAUCCUGCUAAGAGCUGAUUCCCACAGCAUUCUUGAGGUGGGGAAAAUUGCCACAGGAUAGAGGAUUUCAUGAUGUGGUAAUUUGCCAUGUGGCCUUUUUUAUGAGGCUGUUCUUGCCAGACCACUUCCCUGUAUAAAUCUGAGGCGUACAAAAUGUGAGAAAAGUUACCUUGUGGUGGCUUGUCCAACUCAGAAAUAGCCAUGUGAAUUCUAAUAAAUUCCAGGAGCUACAAGUUCGGCAGUAAAAUGGGUUAUGAGUACCCGAGAAGUGGCUGAGUAUUUUGUUUAGGAUUUUUAGAAACAUGGGAUACGGCCUUAAGGACACUGAGGUGUGUUGCAAAACUGAUAGAUUUCAUACCACGAUUCCAUAGAGCAGCCAUUGUUAAACUGGUGUCCUCCAGAUGUCCUGAAAUGUGGAUGGCAAGGGCUACUGGGAGCUGUAGUCCAAAACCUCUGGAAUGCACCCUACUGGCAAAUGCUGCUAUAGAGUUUUGUUGCAAGCAAAAUAAGUUCUCACCGUUUUUUCCUUGUAUUUCUGUUUGGAUUUGUGCUGCAAAUUGGCUUGGAACAAACAACAUGUUUCGGGGGGGGGAUGUCUAAAUAUUAAAUAAUUUCCUAAGGUGAGUGAUGGCUUUAUGAGAAACUGGGAGGCCAAGUGGUGUCAAAAUUGGAACAAUAUUUGUCCUAAAUGUGUCACCUGCUCUUUGCAAUCGCUUCAAGGAAAUUUAACUUGAAAUGAAAGCUGAUUGCUCUUGUGUUACUGACAAAGAACCAUCAAAUUUGGUCUGAACAACUUUGAUCAUUAAAAAUUAGAGGAAAGCCCAGUGUUUUUAGGUUACAAGUGCAUUUGAGCUCAUUGCCCUAAUGCACUCUCAAGCUUUGUCCCAAUAUGCAGUGUGUGUACAGCACAUAACCCAGGACUAAACUGAAUGCAUCCCUGCUCACACAGAACUUCCCACACAUAGAGGAGAUCCAAUGUAGCUUUGCUUUGGGACCACAAAAUCACUUUAUCAUUGCAUGCAGAAGGUCUGAGUGAGAAAUUGUUCUACCCACAGGACAAAAUAUUAUUAUUAUUAUUUGAUUUAUAUCCUUCCCUUCUUCCCAGCAGGAGCCCAGGGAGGCAAACAAAAGCACUAAAAUCUUUAAAACAUCAUAAAAACAAACUUUAAAACACAUUAGAACAAAACAUCUUUAAAAACGUUUCUUAAAAAAAGCUUUCAAAACAUCUAAGAUUAAAAACAUUUUUAAAAGGUUUAAGAACAUAUUAAAAGGCAAUUCCAAUGCGGACGGAAAAAAUCAGAAACUCACGAAUCCGUUGGAAACGUGAGCAAUAGGACAAAGUCAAGUAUGUUGAAGGUUUUGCCCUUAAAUAAAGCCCCGUUUGUAUUAAGGAAGCUUUAAUUCCACCAAACCAAAAUCUCCGUAUGCAUGAAUUUGUAGGUAAAGGGCGGUGGAUCUUGUUGGACUGUGCAGGAUUUGUCUUCGGCUGUCUUCCAGCACCCAAAUAGGUUGUGUCUCUCAGAAAGUAUGAAUAGUUUUGAAAUUUUGUACAUCUAUAUAAUUUUCUAUGUACUUCUUGCUUAAAUAAAAAAGAAUCCAGAAAUAAUUUUGCAGUGCUGGCAAUGAGGCCUGUUGAAAAUGAUCUAUGUAUAUUAUCCUUUGGUCAUUGUGUGCAUUGUAUACCUUCAGAUAGCAUCCCUUCAAGUAUUGACUGUUGGCAAACUGGGUAGAAUCAGGCAAUCAUCUGUCCAGGGUGCAGGAAGUUAACCUUUUCUUUUGCUUGGGGAUACAUGGUAAGUAGUGGAGGGUGCUCCAUUAGGAAGAAUGGGGCACUGCCCCACCAACCUCAGUCAGCUCCCAUCUGCCUACCUUUCUACUUAGUGGGUCAGAGGGUGGCUCUGCCUGUCAUUGGCUCUGGCUCCCUCUACUGUUGGUCUCCCUGCUUUCCGCCCUACCAGUCCCAAUGGGCACCAGCCAUCAAGGAUGGUAAACGGAGCAAAGGUUUUAAUGUAUGCAUAAUCCCUUUUGGCAAAACUUCUAUCUCUUAAUAGCAGCCACAUCUCAAAGAGUGGUUUUAAUAUAUAUGCAUUUGAUAACUUUUUAAAAAAAUACAAGAAAUUUUAACUUUCCAUUUCUCAACUUUAAAUGAAAGAAAAAGCAUGUGAAUUUCUUAGUCUUUGGCAUUUAUGCUUGGAAAGUGUCUCUUUUGUUGCACACAACUGGUAUGCCUGGAACGGAGGCUUCUUUCUGUAAAUCAAUAUGAUUUUGAUUGUGCCUUAUGACAAAGGAUGAAAUCUACACGGAAUGUAGAUGUUAAAGAGACGGAAGCAUUUGCUGCACUGUUAAGGAAUGAUGCAUUGCGUGUCACAAGAGAGAUUGCUGUGCUUUUAACUCCCCAACCAAAGAGAUCAGAAAAAAUGUGUGUAUGUAUGUUGUACUGUUAUAGAGGUUUGUGCCUGGAAAAGUUUUAAGUGUUUCUUUUUUUGUUUGUAUUCUGAAAUGUGAACUUAUUUUUCUAAACACUAUAUACUGAAUAAACUUUAUAUUUAUACA